CGCUUCGUGCCGCCCCUUUCAUUGAGGUGUUUCCGCCAAGAUGGUCGUCGGAGCCUUUCCCAUCGCUAAACUGCUGUAUCUGGGGGUUCGGCAAAUGAGUAAACCUGUGGCUAACCGAAUUAAGGCAGGUGCUCGGAGAAGCGAGUUCUUCAAGAAUUACGUAUGUCUACCUCCGGCACAGCUGUACCACUGGAUCGAAAUGCGCACCAAGAUGCGGAUAAUGGGCUUCCGCGGGGCGGGCAUUAAGCCGCUGAACGAGGAUGCGGCAGCCGAGCUGGGGGCGGAGCUUCUGGGCGAGGCCAUCAUCUUCACGGUGGGCGGAGCUUGCAUGAUCCUGGAGUACAGCCGUCAGGCCGCGAACUCCAGGCGGAAGGAGGAGGAGCUCAACCAGAGCAUCACCGACCUGCAGACCCAGCUGGCUGAGCUGAGCCUGGUGACCGAGACUCUGGACACGCAGCUGAGGGAGGUGAACAGGCUGCUGUAUUCGCUGCCUGCUCCCGCCCAGAAAUAGAGGCUGCGCCCCCUGCUGGGCGGGAAGGGAAUGGACCGGGUUUGGUCCGUGGAGGGAGGGUGUGCCCCUGCUAGAGUACUGCCCCACACACACACACACAUACACACACACACACAGCCCCCCUGCCCACCGUGCUGGGCAUUGCUGAAUGGAAGCUGAACUACAGGGGAUGGCAGUGUUGUGAGCACUGUGUUAGAGCCACUGUUUGUCUGCUAAGAUAAUUAUGAAUAAUAUAUUUGGUUGAUGCAAGUGUAACUUGAUGGAAUUGUGUGCUACUGCAAGCAGAGAGCUUGCUAAGGCAACCCGACAGGCCCCCAAAAAGCAGAAAUGGAAAUGCAUUGUUUAGAAGUAUGCGUCUCACGUUUCAUUACAGUACAAUGCAGUGUUUAUAAGGUGAAGCUGAUGCACUUGUGAUUUUUUGUAUAAUAAUACUCUACAUUCAGGACAGUAAAAGGGAAGAAUUUUUAUUCUGCUUCUUCCAGUAGAUUUGGUCUGUUUCUCUUUAAGAGUGAUUAAUAAAGUCUGUCAGGUUUUUGUGGUUUGUGCCCCUGUGUAACCCCCAUCCCACAAAAUGGCACCAACUGGACCUUAAAUCCUGCAAAAAAGCAAAACAUUUGAUUGUGUUGGCAGGAUCCGCAACACAUAUCAGAAAAUCCAGUUUCUGCUCUUGCUGCCCGAGAGCAAAUGCUUGGGUUUCUCCAUUGCUUGAUGUACUGAGUGCAUUCAAUACAUGACAUGUUGGUUUCUUGAAUAUAUUGGAUAGCAAUUGCAUGAAGAACAUGUCAAUGGACUCUUGUAAAAUAAAAUGUCAUUUUCUA